AUGAAGACCUCUUCCAUCCUCGCUCUCGCUGUUGCUGGCGGUGUCCAGCUUGCUGCUGCCCACACCACGGUCUGGGAAGCCUUUGUCAAUGGCAAGGGCCAGGGUGUUGGAAACAAGGCGGGCGGAUACAUUGACUCGCCCCCUAACAACAACCCCCUUGUCGAUGUCACCUCCAAGGACAUGGAGUGCAACGUCGCGAGCGUCAAGGCGACCUCAGCUAUCACCGCCGCCGGUGGUGACGAGAUCACCUUUGAAUGGCACCACGACAACAACCAGGCCAGCGAUGAUAUCAUUGCUACUUCUCACCAUGGUCCUAUCCUCGUCUACGCCUCGAAGGCCGGCUCAGCUCUGUCAUGGACCAAGAUCGCAGAAGACGGCUGGGAUGGCAAGUCCUGGGCCGUCGACAAGCUGAUCGCUGGAUCAUACACUGGAACCAAGGGCCAGCACAAGGUCAAGCUCCCCAACCUUGCGCCGGGUGACUACAUCCUGCGUCCUGAGAUCAUUGCUCUCCACGAGGGUAACCGUGCGAACGGUGCUCAGUUUUACAUGGAGUGCGUCCAUGUCAAGAUCACAGGCUCAGGGUCUGCUGUCCUGCCGGCAGGUGUCAGCAUCCCGGGCGCGUACAAGGCCAACGACGCUGGUGUCCUCUUCGACAUCUACGGCUCCUUCAGCAGCUAUCCCAUCCCCGGCCCCAAGCUCUGGGACGGUGCCAGCAGCGGUAGCGCCCCUGCUCCUGCUCCUGCUCCUACCAAGGCUCCUGCUGCCACUGCUGCUCCCGCCCCUGCCCCUGUGUCUACCAAGGCUCCUGCUGCCACUGCCGCGCCCGCUCCCGCACCUCCGGCCAAGCCUACCACGCUCGCCACUGUUGCGAAGCCCGCGCCUACUGCCGGCAGCGGCACCGUUCAGCGCUGGGGACAGUGCGGUGGAAACGGAUUCACCGGCGCCACUGGCUGUGUUGCUGGAACCACCUGCCAAGCGCAGAACCCCUACUACUCCCAGUGCUUGUAG